CAAGUCCCGACACAGAGCAGUGACAACAGGAGCAUAUUUGAAGGAUGAGGAGACUCUCAUGGAGCAUAGCAAGAUGGGCCAUGAAGCGGAAAUUCCUCCCAAAGGAACAGGCAAUCACUUCCCAAAUCGGCUCCACCUGAUUAGGAAACGCGUCACUGAUGGCUUUCCUUGCACUCGACACUCCCACCCCUGGAUAGCCGCACUGUUUCACAAUUAUGAGCAACACUGCUCUGGAGUUCUGGUGCAUCCACAGUGGGUGCUGUCAGCUGCACACUGCUGGAAACCAUCCUACACCGUUGGGCUGGGCCUCCACGGACUUCACGAUUGGUAUGAACCAGGCAGCCAGAUGAUCAAGGCCAGUUUGUCUGUGAUACACCCAGAAUAUGACAAAUCUAAGCAUGCUAAUGACAUCAUGCUCGUCAAGUUGAACACACGAGUUGUGGAAUCAGACACUAUCCGCAUCAUCCCCAUCGCGUCCCAAUGUCCGACAGCUGGAACCAGGUGCUUGCUCGCUGGCUGGGGUCAGCUACUGAAUGGAUACUUCCCUUUGGAUCUGCACUGUGCAGUUAUUCCACUGCUUUCGGACAAUUAUUGCAGAUUGGUGCUUGACACACUCUACCACGAGAGUAUAUUCUGUGCUGCUGGUGAAGGCCGCAAGGAUGCUUGUCAAUUUGACUCUGGAGGCCCUUUGAUCUGCAAUGGGCUCCUGCAGGGCCUUGUGUCCUGGGGAAGCAAUCCAUGUGGCAUACCUGGAUUUCCAGGCUUCUACACCAACCUCUGCAAAUUUAAAGAAUGGAUACGUGAAGUCAUCCGGACCAGAUAA